AUGAGCAAAAUAAUACCGAAAAAUGAUAAAGAAGUGAAGCAAAAAGCAAAUAGAAGAAGAAGAAAGAAGAGAAGAACUGAAGAUUUCUCAGAUUCUUCAGAUUCUUCAUCCUCAUCAAGUUCAGAAAGUGAAGAUGAAGAAAAAGAUGAUGAAGAACAACAAAAAGAAGCUAAUAUUGAUGAAGAAGGUGAUUUAGCUGUGCUUUCAGAUAGUGAAAUAACUCCAAUUAUUGAAAAUAAAAAAGCAGAAGAAGAUUUCAAAAAUAUAAAGAACAAAUUAAAAACUGUUGAACUUACGAAAACACCUUUAAACUAUUCAUCAAAGAAUAUAAAUUUAAAUCAAGUUGAAAGUCUAAUAAAUCAAGGUAAUAAACAAUUAGAAAAUGAUUAUUUAGGAUUGAUGUUCGAAAAUUAUGGUGAUGAUAUUGAUGAAGUUAGAAAAGCACCAGAUUUUAAUGAAAGAAGUUUAACAAUUCUAGCUAAUGUGUUGAAGAAUGGUAGUAACAUAUUUGAUGAAGAAACUUUGAGAGCUGUUGUUGGUAAAUGA